UUUGGUCCCGUCCCAGUCUCCACGUUUAAUGCGCGCUCCCACACAACUCGGUGAUACAGAGCUAACUGGGAAUCUGGACCGACUGGUCGGAGGACACACGAGCGCCACAUACAUGCACGAAUAUUUGGAUUGUAAUAUCAAUGAACCGGAGGUAGUUUGAGGAAAAUUGAGAAAGAAAAACUUGGAAUCUAACCUGAAUAUUUUUCAGACGUCUUCCAGGGGGAGUGAGUUACGAGGACAUCAGACAGACUAGACCAGCAGGCUUCCACCUCCCACCACCAUGAUGCUCAGAGCACCACUCACUGCUGUCUGGCUCGCCCUUCUACUGAGCUGCAGUAGUGAGGCCAAACCAAAUGGACCCAAGAACAAGAAGCCAAAACAAGUGGUUCCAGCCAUAGAGUGUGACGUCCGGGCGGGGAAGAUCAACCUCCCAGAAUUCAUAGCUAAAUGCCCGACUGACUGUAAACAGACGAAAAGUCAGGUUUAUGGUACAGGAGUCUUCGCUUCAAUCUCCAGCAUAUGUAAUGCUGCCAUACACAGUGGCGUCAUCACUAACUCAGGAGGUAAGGUGAUUGUUAGGAAGAUGGCUGGACAGAACAUCUACAGAGGCUCCAACUCCCACGGGAUCCGGUCUCUGUCUCUGCCCAAGUGGAGAGAGUCCUUUGUUGUCUCAGUUGGUAAGCCAAAAAAAGGCGUGAUCUACCCCUCUACCCUGGACUACAUUCCCUCCAGACCUACCUACAGCAAAACAGGUCAGAAGGAGACCAAAGCUCCUGUGGCCACUACUGUAAUGCCGGCUACAACACCAGAACCCACCAGGACGACCACACCAGAGCCCACUACGGCCAGCACCACCACACCUCCACCCACUACAACCACAACCACAACCCUCCCACCCACCACUACUACCACAGCCAAGCCGCGCGCUGCUGUCCACAAGGUCAGGGACGCAGACAGCAGUCAUCCGUACUUUGCGUCUGUAGCAGCGGCCUCCAGUGCAAGGAAGUCACAUAAUGUCCAAGGAAAGGUUCCAGUCCAAGCAUUCAGAGGCAGUACCUAUGCCAGUAGGUUUCCAUCACGACCCAACACAGGUCUGAGGAGACCAGAGGCUGCAGGAUCUGCUAUACUCAGGAGACAACCAGUCCCCGCCAACCCCUCCGGGACAGCUUUCACCAGAGCGGUUCAUCCGGUCCCAGCAGAGAGGAAGCAACAAAACCCCACUUUGGCUCGAAGGGAUAGGCCGCCCCCUUCCUUCGCACGACCUGAUUGGUACCCUGGAGCGAGACAGCCAACAGACGUAAGUCAAGCAGCUCCGGAUUCAGGCUACACAUGGAGCGAGGCGGAGGCAGCACCUGAGAUGGAAGCCCGCGACCCCAGGACUGAUAUCUCCGAGUAUGAACGCUGGUAUUAUAACUUUGGACAGUACCCACCCCGGUCCGCUGACCCUGAGCGUAAACUGCCACUAGACACAACUCACACUAGAGUGGAACCAGUGGACUCCUGGAAACCAGAAGUGAACCCUUUUGAUUCAGGUUUCAGUGUGAGAGAGCAGGACUCAAUACCCCGGGCCGGUCCCGAGCCUGUUACUCAGGGAGACCCAAACUGUAAAGUUGACAUAGCGUGGCUGAUGGACGGUAGCUGGAGUAUUGGGAAGCGUCGCUUUAAGAUCCAGAAAGACUUCCUGGCUGAGGUGGCACAGGUCAUCAAUGUGGGCGUGGCCGGACCCAUGAUGGGCGUCAUCCAAUACGGAGAUGAUCCGGUAACAGAGUUCAGUCUGAAGGCCUAUACUAACUCCAGAGAGCUGAAACCUGCCGUAGACAAGAUCACACAGAAGGGAGGGAUGUCCAACGUGGGGAAGGCCCUCUCCUACAUCAACAAACAUUACUUCAGCGACGCCAACGGUAACCGGGGCGGAGCGCCCAACGUUGCUGUGGUUCUGGUAGACGGCUGGCCCACUGACAAGGUAGAGGAGGCAUCACGCCAGGCCAGAGAGUCUGGUAUCAACAUCUUCUUUGUGACCAUCGAGGGACCCGAUGACAACGAGAAGCAGAAUGUGGUGGAGCCGAACUUUGUGGAUAAGGCGGUGUGUCGGACCAACGGUUUCUUCUCCCUGCCCGUGUCAAGUUGGUUCGCCCUGCGGAAGGCAGUCCAACCCCUCGUCAAGCGUGUAUGCGACACCGACCGUCUCGUCUGCAGCAAGACCUGCCUUAACGCUAACGACAUCGCCUUCGUCAUCGACGGAUCCAGCUCUGUGGGCACCGGGAACUUCCGGACCGUCCUGCAGUUCGUCGCUAACAUCACGCGGGAGUUUGAGAUAUCGGACACGGACACGCGGGUCGGCGCGGUGCAGUAUACGUACGAACAACGGCUGGAGUUCGCCUUCGGGCAACACAACAACAAAGCUGAUCUGCUCAACGCCAUAAAAAGGAUUAAUUACUGGAGCGGCGGGACCAGUACUGGAGCGGCUAUCACCUACGCAGCUGAGCAGCUGUUCAGCAAGUCCAAACCCAACAAACGCAAGAUCAUGAUCGUUAUCACCGACGGGAGGAGCUACGAUGAUGUCAGAGCUCCGGCACUGGCCGUCCACCGCCAAGGUGUGAUAGCGUACUCCAUCGGCAUCGCCUGGGCAGCGCAGGACGAGCUGGAGUACAUCGCCACCGACCCCGACAAGGAGCACUCCUACUUCGUGGAUGAGUUUGACAGCCUCUACAAGUUCGUCCCCAAGGUGGUCAACAACAUCUGUCAGGAGUUCAACUCACAGCCACGCAACUGAGGGGCACCCUAUUCCCUAUGUAGUGCACUACUUUAGACCAGUGCCCAUAGGGCUCAUAGGCCACUCCAGUUACUUAUAAAUCUGCGCUUACAUAUCAAGGAAACAAGGAAGCGAGGAAGCAUUUCUAAAGUAUUCAAACAGGGCGUUAGGGGGCUGUAGGGAGAGGGGUUAGGUAUUUUAUUAGGAUCCCCAUUAGCUGUUGCUAAUUAGGGUAGGUCUACAUAGUCCUGCACUGUCACUACAUUUAUCACGGAGACAGGACAGGGUCUUUACAGAACGUAUUACCGGUAAGUUACCAAAUGAAAAAUUGUGCAGAACUGUUGUAAAAGUUGGUGCUGAAUUGGCAAUAGUUAAAUUCCCAAGGGAGGUUAUUGGUUUGAAGCGGAAGGCAUACGAACAUGAAUCAAAAUAAUUUGAAGUCAUUGGAUCACAAUGAUUAAACUUUGGCCAUGCGAUCCCAACUGUUGUUCGUGUUAUAUUAACAGUCAGGGACGGGGGGGUAUUUUGUGUUCUCACUCCUAAUCAUGUAAUAUAAUUGAUCGAAACGGAAAAGUACCAGGGGUUGGAGUCAAUUCGAAUCGAAGGCUGUCAAUUCAGAAAGUAAACGAAUUCCAAUUCAAUAAUUGAAAAAAGUGCUUUUAUUUUCAAUGACUUCUCAAUGAACUGAAAAGGAUAAACAAUACAUUUCAAAAGAUUACAUGUUUUCUAAAGUUUAAAUUCAAAAUCACUUCCUGAAUUGACUGACUUAAAUUAGAAUUGAGCCCAACCCUGAUGCUUACAGAAAAAACUAUAGACUACAAAAGCACCCCUAGCACUUAGUCUUCCGGCUUAACACCACCACACAAUCUGGUGCUUACAGAGAAACAUAACCUUAUGGGGACAUGGUGCUUACAGAGAAACACAGCCUUAUGGGGACAUGGUGCUUACAGAGAAACAUAGCCUUAUGGGGACAUGGUGCUUACAGAGAAACAUAGCCUUAUGGGGGGACAUGGUGCUUACAGAGAAACAUAGCCUUAUGGGGACAUGGUGCUUACAGAGAAACAUAGCCUUAUGGGGACAUGGUGCUUACAGAGAAACACAGCCUUAUGGGGACAUGGUGCUUAACACUUCCCCUUAUGGCUUAUUAACACACUGCAGCAACACAAUAUGGUGCUUUACAAUAGGGGAGAUUGGAAAUGAAUAAGACAGAGAGGACCGGCGUCGUCGCACCACAUUUUGGGAAUUCAGCCAUAUUACGGUCUUCUCGUCAGAAUUUGACCAUGUGUGUGUAUAUAUAUACGGUGUUGUCUUUUAUAGAGGAGAGAUUUGAUUUUAGGGACGUUGUGUACGUUUUUCCUCCAAAAACAGUCAAGAGUCUGCUUGGAUGUUUUCGAUGCAUGCUGACUGUGUAUGUGUAAGCCAUAUAAUACUUUUAAUCCCCCCAAAAAACUGAAGGGGCCAUACUUAUGACUUCACAUGUUAGCAGCUAGCAAGGUUUAAAACCUAAAGGUAACAUCUUUAGCAUUUCCAAUUAGAUAACAUGUCUUACUUGGUAACUCUAGCUGGCUCCUAACAGCUGUCUAUUAAUCCCCCCAAAAAAUGAACAGUUCUCUUUAUAUAUGGCAAAUUAACACAUGGUCAAAUUAAAGUGAAGCGCUUCAAGAUGGAGUUGAAGUUUUCUGCCAGCUCUGAUAGUGAACCUAUAAAUAGAUCAAACUUGAAUAUUUUUUAAACCUAAACCGUGUUCCUCACAAAUGAAAACCAAGGGGCAUAUUCAUUAGUGCACACCAUAACAAAACAUUUAAGCAAGGGAAAAUGAGUUUCUUAUUAUUCGACAGAUUCAAGUAGUCCCUCCCCUGUUUUCAGUCCAUUUUCUUCCGUUUGGUGACUAAUGAACACAACCCAGCUCUUCUCCUCCCUCUAUUCUCCCCUCUUGUUCACGUGACUGAUAUUGGUUUGUUCAGAGUAUUUAUAUCAUCUCCUCCCAGUUUUUAUUUUUAAUCCUGUUUGUGUUUGUACAUAUGCAUAUUAAAAAAAGCCGUUUGUUAUUUUCAAAUACAUAUCUGAUCCAAUAUUUUAAUGCUAUUUUUAAUAAAAUCAUACUGAAAAAAAACUUGCGUUGAGAUGUUCUUCAGAGACAAAAGAGGUAUUUGUUAACAGGUAAGAGUAAUCAUAUGCAAAAACUAAAAUCUGUACACAUUUGUGUGCAGUUAUAUUAGAUAAUUAUUAGACGUUUAUUAGACGUUAGUAAUGUAUCAUAGUUUUGACAUGGACUAGACAUCUCUAUACCAUCAUUCCUGUUCUAUACCAAACAACAUUACAUACAACCCACACCACUCAAGAGUGGAGAAAAGGACUGCAACAUUCUGGUAAUUUUCCUAAAAAUUCCCAAGUUUUCCAAGAAAUCCCAGUUGGAAGAUUCCCAGAAUCACGAGGGAAUAAAGAACAUCCAAGAAUCCUCCAACCAGGAUUUCUAGAACACCUGGGAAUUUGGAGAAAGUCACUGGAAUUUUGCAACUCUAGAGAAGACAAUACUGCAGGAAGAAAAAUCCUUUAUCUACAGCGAACGCAUUGUUGUAAAAUCAGACAGAAUCCUCCUCUUCCUCCCCCCGCUCUCUCAAUUCCCAGGUUUAUGUUGUAAAAAAUCUCUCUCUCUCGCUCUCAAAAUCAUGGACAGAAACAAAGAUUUUACAGCAGUUUUAAUGAGAACAGACAUUCAUAUACAAACCAGCGACUGAAUGUCUGAGAAAAUAGCUCAUUUGAACUUGUAAGUUACAUGGAUAUCUUGAUGGAUUUGUGGGACAAUUAUUUAUUUUUUAAAUUUUUGUGUGAAUAUAACACAUUGUACUGUAACUACAGCUUGAGGACAGCGGCGUCUGCAUCCCAGAGCCCUGCGGAUCCUAAUCAAAAGUAGUGCACUAUAUAGGGAAUAGGGUGCCAUUCUCUG